UUCACGGCCGGUUGUUGUUGCGCGCCGAACGCUGCGGCCCGAGCUUUACGAUUGAAAAGCUUUUAUUCCUAAUUCAUGAAGUGCGACAAAAUUAUAAAUUAAAACUGUGUCUACACUAAAUCAGCUGACACGGUAUCUGUUUAUAUUUGUGCGCGGACGGUUUCGACUCUUCAUAGGGAUCAAUGAAGUGAACUCCCGUGUGUGUAAACAAGAACAAGAGUGGAUAUUUAUAGAGUGCUUGAGUGUAAGCUGGAGUUUGUAACGUUUCUAGAUAUGUGUAUUAAUUAGUGCAAUGAAGUACAUCGUAGCGGUCCUGGCGGUGGCGGCGGGGGUAGCCGCGGUCCUGCCGGGCAAGCAUCCGCGCCCGGGUAUACCAGGCGAGGAGUUAACAUUCCCCUCGCUCGGCACCGAGGACGGCCUCAUAUCCUGCGGGCCGGGCCAGUUCCUCUGCCGCGAUGGCUCCCGCUGCGUGCCUGCUGCGUGGCGCUGCGACGCGCGCGACCACUGUCCCGACGGCUCAGACGAGAUACACUGCGAGCACUUAAGCCACUCCGAUGCCACAAACUCCACGGACACAUCGCCCUGCAGCCAGGGCCAGUUCCGCUGCGCCACCGGGCGCUGCAUACCGGCCGCGUGGCGAUGCGACGGCGACACGGACUGCGGCCAGCGGGACGACUCCGACGAGGACCCCUUCACGUGUCAGAAGGAGUUCAAAUGCCCAAACAACACGGCGAGGUGUGCGACACCCCUGGGCGGGGUAUUCGAGUGCGUCCCUAUACGGUCGUUCUGCGACUCAAUACGCGACUGUCUCGACGGUUCAGACGAGUGGGACAUCUGUGACAACUUCACGAAAGCCCAAUGCGGCCCGCUCAAGUGCGCUGAGGGUUGCAGACCCACGCACGAAGGACUGGCCUGCUAUUGUCAGGAUGGAUAUCAGCACGUCAAUGGGAAAUGCGAAGAUUUAGACGAGUGUGAGCAAGAAGCGACGUGUCCACAAUGGUGCCGCAACACACCCGGCUCUUAUACCUGUCUGUGUGCGCCCGGGUACAAACAGUCUGGAGACUCUUGUGUUGCUGUCAACGAGCCGCCAGACGAGCCAGCGUCUCUGCUGGUGAUCACUCAGAAGGGUAUAUCUCGGGUGUGGCCCGACGGGCACGCUCCGCCAAAUAAAGACAACCUCACGCUAUCGGCGCUGCAAGUUAAGGCUAUGGAUUUCGAUUAUUCUAAUAGGUCUUUCUGCUACGUUCACCACAACCUCAGCCGCUCCGGCAUAAUGUGCGUGUCCGUCGAUGACUUCUCGAAGAAAUGGCAGCGCGAGCCACCCACUCUGUUCCCUUCUGUUGAUUCGGUGAACUUCAUGGCGUGGGACUGGGUGUCGGGCGCGUGGUACCUGGUGGAGGGCGCGGCGGGCGCCAUGUUCGUGUGCUCGCGCGGCCUGGCGCACUGCCGCCUGCUGCAGGACUCCCUCGCCAAGCUGCGCGGCCUGGCCAUCGACCCCACCCCGCCCCGGCAGGACGACAACCAACCCCAUGGGUCAGUACCAAUAUACCUGGUGGAGGGCGCGGCGGGCGCCAUGUUCGUGUGCUCGCGCGGCCUGGCGCACUGCCGCCUGCUGCAGGACUCCCUCGCCAAGCUGCGCGGCCUGGCCAUCGACCCCACCCCGCCCCGGCAGGACGACAACCAACCCCAUGGGUCAGUACCAAUAUACCUGGUGGAGGGCGCGGCGGGCGCCAUGUUCGUGUGCUCGCGCGGCCUGGCGCACUGCCGCCUGCUGCAGGACUCCCUCGCCAAGCUGCGCGGCCUGGCCAUCGACCCCACCCCGCCCCGGCAGGACGACAACCAACCCCAUGGGUCAGUACCAAUAUACCUGGUGGAGGGCGCGGCGGGCGCCAUGUUCGUGUGCUCGCGCGGCCUGGCGCACUGCCGCCUGCUGCAGGACUCCCUCGCCAAGCUGCGCGGCCUGGCCAUCGACCCCACCCCGCCCCGGCAGGACGACAACCAACCCCAUGGGUCAGUACCAAUAUACCUGGUGGAGGGCGCGGCGGGCGCCAUGUUCGUGUGCUCGCGCGGCCUGGCGCACUGCCGCCUGCUGCAGGACUCCCUCGCCAAGCUGCGCGGCCUGGCCAUCGACCCCACCCCGCCCCGGCAGGACGACAACCAACCCCAUGGGUCAGUACCAAUAUACCUGGUGGAGGGCGCGGCGGGCGCCAUGUUCGUGUGCUCGCGCGGCCUGGCGCACUGCCGCCUGCUGCAGGACUCCCUCGCCAAGCUGCGCGGCCUGGCCAUCGACCCCACCCCGCCCCGGCAGGACGACAACCAACCCCAUGGCUUCAUAUUCUGGUCCGUCUGGGGCGGCUCACCGGCGCGCGUGGUGCGCACAGAGCUGUGGGGCGGGGCGCCCACGGACCUGGCGUCCUCCCGCCUGGUGUACCCCACGGCGCUCACACUGGACCUGACCAAUAAGUGGCUAUACUGGGUCGACGCUUAUAUGGACAGCGUGGAGAGAAGCGACUACUACGGAGGGAAUAGAGUCACUGUGUUCAGAGGUUACGAGUCUGAACGAGUAUCCCUAAUUUCUAACUUCGAGGCUUCCCUCUACUUACCUCAAUGGAAUAACCAGAGCGUGCUGAUGACGUCACGCUACGCACGCACACACGCACGCACGCCCACGCACACACAGAAAAUCAUACCGGUGUCCGCGCGAGUGACAGCUGCGUUGGUGUUCCAUAGACAGAGGCAGCCAGUCGUAUCACACCCGUGCACAGUCCACAACGGCGGCUGCACACACAUAUGUGUGACUGCAUGGCGCGGGACGACUCCGCGCGCGCACUGCCUGUGUCGUCACGGGUACAAAGCAGUCCACACUCAUCCGCACCAGCCGCCCGUCUGUCACAGAGUGGACGUGGACCAGUACCUGCUAGUAGCGCGAGGCUCGCCGCCCAUAGUGCAAGCCAUAGUGACCCAACACCCGCAAUGGGAGGCCGCCGCGCCCGCCGCCGCCGCGAGGCCCACGGCAGCCGACGUGCACCUGGCGACAGAGUACAUGUACUUCUCCGAUGUGCACAGAUACGAAAUAGUCCGGCAGAAGCUAGAUGGAACCGGCCGAGAAGUUUUCAUAGAGGAGGACGUCGACAACUGCGAGGGACUCGCCGUCGAUUGGAUGGGCAAAAACUUAUAUUGGACGGACGACGCUCUGGGCCAAAUAUCCGUGGCGCGACUAUCAGACCCGAAGCAACGUAAGGUGCUCAUUCGCGAACCACACUACCACCCCAGGAGCAUUGCGUUAGACCCACGAAAAGGUGUAAUGUAUUGGUCCGUAUGGGCCAGCUCGUCAACUCCGAAGGGCAGCAUAGAGACUGCCGCCAUGGACGGUUCAGCGCGGCGCGUUCUAGUCUCAGACGAGCUCCACUGGCCGAAUGGACUGGUUGUUCAGUCGGACGAGCAGAUGCUUUAUUGGUGUGACACGUUCCUGAACAAGAUCGAGAGCCUGGACUUGACCACGAACAAGCGGACGACGAUUAUCGCAGCCCCGAGCGUCGACUUGCAGAAGCCGUAUGGACUGGCGUUGAUCGACGGUGACAUAAUAUGGAGUGAGCACGGCACCGGUAACAUCCGGCGCUUGGGCGCCGACGGGCAGCCGAGCCCCAGCGCCAAUGGCACCAUUUUGCGGCGCCUGCCGCCGCCGUUAUAUGACAUACGACGCGUCGCUGCUGCAGACAGAUUAGGGCGCAACUCAUGCUCGGACAAGAACGGCGGUUGCUCCGAGCUGUGCCUGGCCACGCCCACGGGCCACAGCUGCGCGUGCGCCGCGGGCCGCGCGCCCGUAGCGGCGCGCCCCGCCCACUGCGCGCCGGGCUCCGCCCCCGCCCCGCCCUGCGCCGCGGGCAAGUUCCACUGCGGCCGCGGGCGCUGUAUCGACGAGCUAUACGUUUGCGACGGCGACGCCGACUGCCCUGAUGGCUCUGACGAGGACAGCUCUCCUACUGGACCAUGUGCAAACAGAACAUGCACUGAUAGUCAGAACUUCAAAUGCGACUCCAACCGUUGCAUACCGAAGACCUGGAUCUGCGAUGGACAAAGAGAUUGCCUCGACGGCUCAGACGAGUCCGACACCGCGUGCGCCGAGCACGUCUGCGGCCCCGACCAGUUCCUCUGCGCCUCCUCAAAGCGCUGCAUAGCGGCCGCCUGGAGAUGCGACGGGGCCCCCGACUGUGGCAAUAACGACCGCUCGGACGAGGCCGACUGUAAAGCUACAGAAAACGCAGAAUGUCACCCACUAAUGUUCCGCUGUCCAAACGGCGGGUGCGUUCCAUGGGAAUACUACUGCGACGGGCGCGCCGACUGCGCGGACGGCGGGGACGAGCAGCGCUGCCGCGGCGUCACCCCUACACGGGAUGACGAAGUUACGAGCAAGAACAGCGUGUGUGAAGAGCACGAGUUUCAGUGUGCGAACAAAGAGUGUAUACGUAAGGAAUUCCGCUGCGAUUACCGGCCGGACUGCCUGGACAGCUCCGACGAAGCCAACUGCGAGCAACACCGAGCCACCACCCGCGCCCCCACCACCCCCGCUCCAGAUGAGUGCGUCGCGCCUUCGUUGAAGUGUGAUAAUGGUUCCCGCUGUGUACCGCUACUGCAGCUGUGUGAUGGAAGUUAUGAUUGUGCUGAUGGCUCAGACGAAGCUGAUCGAUGUGGUGAGCCCAUGUGCGUGGCGGCGGCAUGCACACACGAGUGCCACCCCACGCCCAGCGGAGCCGUGUGCGCUUGUCCAGCGACACUACAUUUGCAGCGCGACGGCGUUACUUGCUCCGAGCGUCACAUCUGCCACGACUGGGGCGUCUGCAGCCAGACAUGCCAGCCGCAGAAGAAUCGCCACAAAUGCACUUGCUAUGAGGGUUACAAGCUAGCUGAUGACGGCUUCACGUGUAAAAGCACAGAAAAAGCAACACCCCUCCUCGUAUUCAGCAACCGCCAUGAAGUCCGCGCAGUGGAACUGCCUUCCUUGACUUCUCGAGCGCUCAUCUCAUCUCUCAAGAACACAGUGGCUCUUGACUGGAAGCGGACAGGAGACCAGGUCACCUUAUACUGGACGGAUGUGGUCGAUGACCAUAUAUACUCCGGCACAGUGCAGGGGAUAGCUCUGAGCGACAUCAAGGUGGUGAUCGAGCAAGGCGUGUCAACCGCAGAGGGGUUAGCUGUGGACUGGGUGGCCAACAACCUUUACUGGGUCGAAGGCACACUACGUCAGAUUGAGGUGGCUCGCCUAGACGGGCGAUAUCGACGCACUCUAGUGUCGGGUGAUAUGGAGAGCCCGCGCGCUAUUGCACUUGAUCCUAAACUUGGUUACCUGUUCUGGAGCGACUGGGAGCAGUCGGCGCCCCGCAUCGAGCGAUGCAGCAUGGCGGGCCGCGGCCGCUCCACGGUGGUGCACGUGGACGAGGUGGCGGACGGCGCGUGGCCCAACGGCAUCACGCUGGACCACGUGGCCGCCAGGCUCUACUGGAUCGACGCCAAAUCGGACUCCAUCCACACAACCCUGUACGACGGAACCGGCUACCAGCUCGUCCUGCGCGGGCACGUGAUGCUCUCCCACCCCUUCGCUGUCACUCUGUUCGAGUCACAUGUUUAUUGGACUGAUUGGAGAAGCAACAGUGUGAUGCGAGCUAAUAAAUGGAACGGUAGUGACGUGCAAGUUGUGCAGAGGACCAUGAUGCAGCCUUUUGAUAUCAAGGUGAUCCACCCUAGCCGCCAACCAGCGCUACCUUCCAACCCCUGCGCUGUCAACAACGGCAACUGCACACACCUGUGUCUCAUCGACGGACCGAACCUGCGUGUGUGUGCGUGCCCGCACGUCAUGCGAUUGGCUAAAGAUAAUGUCACUUGUGAAGUGCACGAGAAAGUGGUGGUGGUCGGCAGGGCGGGCUCCAUUCGCGGCUUAGACCUCGACGCGCCCUCCCAACCCGUCAUCCCGGCCGUGUGGGGCGCACAACUCGCCGCACCACGCGCUUUAGCAACUUUAACAUCACAACGCUUGCUAUACUGGAGCGAUUCUGAGACGAACGAGAUAAAACGCACCCGCCUCACCGGCGGCACAGCUGAAACCGUAGUGGAAGCGGCCGGUGUCGGAGGAGCCCUGGCUUUAGACUGGGCCGCUAAAGUGCUGUACUACGUAGCGCAAGGCCAACUGUGGGCCGCUGGGCCGCUCGGCGAGAGGGCUUCUCCGCUCUGUGCUGUAGUUAAUGUCACCGCUAUUGCCGUGGAUGUACAAAGGGGCAAACUUUACUGGGCUGUGUCGAGCACAGGCGACGGCAUCGGCGCGAAGAUGGAAGCCGUAGCUAGCGACUGUAGCGAACGACGCAUUAUAAUUGACGCUACGAGGGACCCGUUACUGGCUGGAGUUCAUAGUUUAACGGUGGAGCCAAAGACGGGAUGGUUGUACUGGGUCAAUCUAGCAUCUGCUUCGAUUCAGUACAUACAUGUUAAAACUGGAGAAUUCUUUACCGUGGAACUAGCAACAGGGGCGCGUCCCUUAGCCCUGGACAUCCAUUUCGAACGGCUACUGUGGGCCGACGGCGACGGCUUGAAAGCCUGCAAGCUGCCCCGCGACCGAAGUCAGGCUACGCAGAACUGCGUGGAUUCCGAGGUCCUUAGAGCUAACACUGAGAACGUCCUAUCUCUCCGCGUAUACGACGCCGCAACUCAGAACGCCACACGGGGCGCGUGCGCGCUGCGAGCGCCCGCGUCAGCGUGCGCGCACCUGUGCCUGCCCGUGUCCGACGCGCGCAGCCGCUGCGUGUGUGCGGCCGGGUAUAGGGCUAACGGGACACAGUGCAUUCCGGAAGACGAAAUCUUAGUGUACUCGUUGAGUUGGGAGAUCCGCGCGCUGUCGCUGACGACGCCCUCGCGGACCGUUCUGCCGCCCAUCGCGCAGCCGGCGCUCUGCACCGCACUCGACUAUCGUGCAGACGGUGACUGGAUAUACUGGGCGGACUCGGAAAGCGGCGCAGUGGCGCGCGCUCGACGCGAUGGUACCGGACGAGCUGCGUUGGUCUCGCAACCUGAACCACUCGAUGCGCAGCCUGUGGACUGGCUCUCUGGCCUUGCAGUAGAUUGGGUCGCUGGGAACAUCUACUGGUCGGACCCCCGCCGUAACCUGGUUGAAGUCGCUCGAGCAGACGGUGAUCAUCGCUACGUUCUCAUCGAUACGGAUCCGCUAGCCGUUACAACCCUAGCAGUUGACGCUGUUCGCGGUUGGCUCUUUCUAUCCGGCGGAGGCUGGAUCCAACGCUCGCGGCUCGACGGCUCCCAGCGUGAGCUUCUCUACAAUGGCACUGCUGUCGCUGACAUUGCUGUGGACUCUGAGAACGAGAUGGUGUACUGGGCGGACACGUUCGACGUCUCCCUCUGGCGCAUGCGCUACGACGGUCGCUCCCGCGCCUGCGUGGCGCGCGGCGACCCGCUGCGGCACCCCGCCGCCGUGGCCGUGCACGCAGCCCGACUGUACUGGAUAGACACCAUGUGGAAACGGGGCUGCAUUCUCUCCGCACCGCUAACUAACAUCAGCGACUACGAAGUCCUGCUGGAGAACGCCGGAGACAGCCUCAAGGAUCUAUUCAUCUGGUCAAAAGCUUCUCAAACGCUGCCGUCACCGUCAUCAGGACUAGCUGUGAACCCUUGCAGCGUCAACAACGGAGGUUGUGCUGAACUUUGUCUAUGGGAUGGUGCCAGCGUGCAUUGCGCUUGUCCACAUGGGGAUGUCGCUGCCGACGGCAAGAAUUGUACUCCGUACCAAUCGUUCCUGAUGUAUUCGCGAGUGACAAAAAUUGACAGUAUCCAUUUACAAGACGAUAAGGACCUGAACUCUCCAUAUCUGCCGAUUCAAAACAAGGAUCUAAUUAGGAUAGCGAUCAGCCUAGCUUACUGGUACGACGAAAAGCGACUGUUCUACUCGGACAUUCAACGCGGCGCUAUCGGAUCCGUCCAUUUCAACGGCACGGACCACAGGACCCUUCUUACAAAAAUGGGAGCAGUAGAGGGCAUGGUGUUCGAGUCCCGCACCAAAACGCUGUACUGGACGUGCAACAGCGCGGCGGUGCGCCGCGUACACAUACCCUCGCUGGACGCCCGCGCGGACAACCAAUCGUCUCAAGCCUUAGUGCUUACCGUUAUACAACUGGCUCCCGGCGACAGACCAAGAGGGAUAGAUGUUGAUUCCUGCGAAUCGCGUUUAUACUGGACGAACUGGAACGACACGAACCCGCGCAUCCAGCGCGCCUACAGCAGCGGGCACGAACUCGAGACCAUCAUCUCGAAAGACAUCCUCAUGCCCAACGGUCUGGCGAUUGAGCAUUCUACAAGGAUGCUGUACUGGGCUGACGCGCGGUUGGAUAAGAUAGAACGAUCGCUGCUCGAUGGAUCACAUAGACAUAUCGUCGUCCGCUCAGGUGCAGAGCACCCGUUCGACGUAGCGGCCUGCGAUGGCUACGUAUAUUGGUCGGACUGGGUCGGACGCGCGAUUUUAAGGGCAGACGCGAGGGGUGGAAACACGCGCGCGCUGCGUAAGGACUUACCGCGUCCUAUGGGGCUUGUGUGUGUCACUCCCACGCAUCAAACUUGCUCCCCAGACCCCUGCGCCGCCCUCAACGGCGGCUGCGCGGAACUCUGCACCCUCUCCGCCGAGGGCGUCGUCUGCGCCUGCCGCCCCGGCCGGGAAUUGAACCCGGACCGUAGUUCCUGCCGUCCCACCGCUACGCAUUGUGACGAAGGACAGUUCGCCUGUGCCGAGGGUCUGUGUAUUCCCGAGGAGCUGGUGUGUGAUGGCGUCAACAAUUGUGGAUCGAGAGACGCUAGCGAUGAAGACCUUUACUACUGCACAUCUCGCGUAUGUCCGGCCGACAUGACACCGUGCGGUGCCGGCGGGCGUUGCGUGCGUACGUCGUCUCUGUGCGACGGCUUCGACGACUGUGACGAUGGAUCAGAUGAACGCUCCUGCGAGUGCCCCGCCGAACAGUACAGGUGCGACGACGGCAUGUGCGUCCCCGUGUCGUCCCGCUGCGACGGCCUCGUGGACUGCGCAGACGGCUCGGACGAGGCGGGCUGCCCGCGCGCCACGUGCGCCGCGCUGGGCCCGGGCGCGGCGCCGUGCGGCGGCGGCGGCUGCUUCCUGCCCGAGUGGCGCUGCGACGGCGCGAGGGACUGCCCCGACGGCACGGACGAGCAGGGCUGCGAAAUAGACAGCACAACGCGCAGCUCCAUCCACUCUUCAGCCCCAUGCGAUGUGGACCAAUUCACUUGUGGAAGUCCUGAACGAGGCGACAUCGAGUGUAUACCACUAACGUGGAGGUGCGACGGCGUCGUGGACUGCUCAGACGGCUCUGACGAGACUCUCCACUGUGCCCACAAAAACGCAACUAAAUGCACAUCCGACCAGUUCUCAUGCGGUUCGCUAUGUUUACCGCUGAGCGCGCGCUGCGAUGGCUCCGCGGACUGUCCGCGCGGGGAGGACGAGGAGGACUGCUCGUGCGCGCCUACUGCCUUCCGCUGUGCCAGCGACAAGAUCUGCCUGCACGAGGGCCUGUACUGCGACGGCGACGCGGACUGCUCGGACGGGUCGGACGAGCCGCCGGGCUGCAGCCGGCGCGCCGCCGCGCCCGCGCCGUGCCCGGCGCCGCGCGCGCUGGCCUGCGCGGGGCGCUGCGUGCCGCCCGAGCUGCUGUGCGACGGCCGCGACCACUGCCUGGACGGCGGCGGCGGCGGCGCGGGCAGCGACGAGGACCCCUUCAUGUGCUCAUCCUACUCCCGAGCAACAGCCUCUGAUGCAGCGUUAGGGGUCGCUUCGAGCUCCCGCUCCGCCUGCGCGGCGGGCGAGUGGCAGUGCGCGAACCACGCCUGCGUGCCGCGCGCCGCGCUCUGCGACGGACAGGACCACUGUGGGGACUUCAGCGAUGAGAGGAGAUGCAACAUAAACGAGUGCUCGAUCCGCAACGGCGGCUGCGCGCAGAACUGCACCGACCUGCCCGUCGGCUACGCGUGCUGGUGCCGCGCCGGCUACCGCCGCGCCGGCCCGCAGUGCCGCGACGUGGACGAGUGCGCGGAGCUGGCGUGCGACCACGGCUGCAGGAACACGAUCGGCAGCUUCCAUUGCAAAUGCGAGAAGGGCUACAGACUUAUGGAAGAUGGUCUCAGCUGUGCGUCGAUCUCCAACGAACCAGCAUCCCUUAUCUUCACGAACCGCUACUACAUCCGACGAGUCACUCUCGACCCCUCACACACCAGCUCGCUCCUCAUCCAUGACCUCACCAACGCAGUUGCCCUUGAUAUGGAGUGGGAGAAACGGUGCCUCUACUGGAGCGACGUUGCCAGACUUGGCAGCUCGAUCAAGAGGGCAUGUAGCGAGCCGGGGCAGAACUUCUCACGAUAUCAGCUCCUCCACGGCGCAACUCUCCAAAACCCCGACGGCUUAGCCGUCGACUGGGUAGCCGGCAACAUCUACUGGUGCGAUAAAGGCACUGACACACUGGAAGUGUCGCGUACGGACGGCGCCCACAGACGGGUGCUGCUAAGGACUGGGCUGCAGGAACCGAGAGCGUUGGCACUGCAUCCUGCUAGGGGCACUAUCUACUGGUCCGACUGGGGCACCAACGCGCACAUCGGCCGCGCCGGCAUGGACGGCUCUAGGCCUUCGAUCAUCAUCAGCGCCGGACUGGGCUGGCCCAAUGCCCUGGUCAUUGCUCAUGCAUCGAAUGAACUGUACUUUGCUGAUGCGAGAGAGGACUAUAUCGCUGUCGCGGAUUUGGAUGGGAAGCAUGUCAAAGUGCUGUUCUCUAGAGAUCGCAUGCCCUGGUUACGCUUACAUCACGUAUUUGCCUUGACGGUAUGGGAAGGUCGCAUUUACUGGAGCGACUGGGAGACCCGGGCGAUAGAAAGCUGCCGCCGACGACCCAACCCACACUACAAACCGAACGCAACAGAAGACCCUAGUUCGGGCGGCGCCUACGAAUGUAAGACGAUCGCGCACACCGUGCACAAGCCGAUGGAUUUGCGUGUUCACCACCCGGCCAGACAACCAGCCUCGCCAGAAUUGACGGCGCUGUGCGCAAAACUAAACUGCACCGGUCUCUGCCUCCUCACACCCGCCACGAAGGAGCAGCCGGUCGGCGCGCGCUGCGAGUGCCCCGAACACUUCGUACUGCAGCCUGAUGGACGCAGCUGUUCGCCGAACUGCACGAGUGCGCACUUCGUCUGUAACACGACGCUUAAGUGCGUCCCGUUCUGGUGGCGCUGCGACACGCAGGAUGACUGCGGCGACGGAUCCGACGAACCGGAAUUCUGCCCAUCAUUCCGGUGUUCCCCGGGACAAUUCCAGUGUGGAAAUGGCGGCCGAUGUCUCCAUCCCGCUCUAAUAUGCGACGCUACACCGCACUGCACUGAUGGGAGCGAUGAGAAAGACUGUGACACGUUCACCUGCCUGUCAUCGCAGUUCAAAUGCCAAGGCAACGUGACGGCGGGCAUAUCGGCGCGCUGCGUGGCGGGCGCGGCGCGCUGCGACGGCACGCGCGACUGCCCCGCCGGCGACGACGAGCUGCACUGCCCGCCGCGCUCCUGCAAGCCCGACCACUUCAUGUGCGGCGACGGGUCGUGCGUGCCGGGCGUGUGGGUGUGCGACGCGGACGCGGACUGCGCGGACGGCUCGGACGAGGGCCCGCACUGCGCCACGCGCAUGUGCCCCCCGAGGCACUUCCGCUGCGCCUCCGGCAGGUGCAUCCCGCGCGACUGGCAGUGCGACGCCGAGGCGGACUGCCCGCUGCGCGAGGACGAGGCGGAGUGCGGCGCGGGCGCGCGGCCGGGCUGCGAGGCCACGUACUUCCGCUGCGCCGACGGCCGCUGCAUCCCGGGCCGCUGGCGCUGCGACUUCGAGGACGACUGCGGCGACUUCAGCGACGAGUUGCACUGCGAGCCCAGGAACUGCUCCGAGACUGAGUUCAGAUGCACCAACGGUGAAUGCAUACGUGGCGCCUUACGUUGCUCCGGGGCGGCGGAAUGUGCCGACGGUUCCGACGAGACUGGCUGCGCGCCUCUAUGUGCUGCUAGAGCCCGGCCCUGUGGAAGACAUAAGGAUUGUGUGCUACGCGAAUGGUGGUGCGACGGGUCCGUGGACUGCGCGGACGGGUCGGACGAGGAGUCGUGCGCGGCGCCGGGCGCGGCCUCGUGCGGCGCGCGGCUCGCCUGCGCCGGCGCACAGUGCGCGCCCGCCGCCUGGCGCUGCGACGGCCGCCGGGACUGCGUGGCGGGGGGCGACGAGGACGGCUGCGAGAGACACGCCUGCCAGCCGCCCAUGUUCAGUUCUACGAAUUACUUUUAUUUUAAAACCAAAUGUGCGUGUUCGUGUACAGCUCAAACAUUUAAGCGCAUUCUGGCCUUUAAUGGAUUGCUCUGUACUCUCUUUAAUCAACUUUGCUUAUUGUUAAUCUACUUGUAUGCUAUUCACAGAUGUGGCAACGAUUCGUGUCUACCUUCUGCCCUGCUUUGCGACGGCUACGUCGACUGCCCCGACGGUUCAGACGAGAACUCCAUGAUGUGCAGCAGACGUUCAUCGGAGUCGGUGUGCGAGGCGGACGAGCGCAUGUGCGGCGACGGCCGCUGCGUGCCCGCGCGCGCCGACUGCGACACCGGCGAAGAGGGCCCGUGCACUUGGCGCUCGUGUUCGCAGGUGUGCAUACCGAAGCACGCACACAACCACACUUGCAAAUGCUUGGAAGGCUACAAACAUAGACAAUUGCCGGACAACACUUGGACUUGCGAAGCGAUUGGUGAGAAAGCACAAGUAAUAGUAGCUGUUAAUGGGUCACUCCGGGCUUGGGAGCUCACGAAGAGAGAAAAGGACUCGCGGGUGCUAUAUGUCGCGGGUGACGAAAGCGCUGAAAUAACAUCUAUCACAACCGCUCUCGUUGGCAACGCAUGGCUUGUAUGGUGGUCGGACACUUCAGGAAAACUGUCCACUAUAGACGCCACACACGCGCUGCAAGCGGACUCCACCACCGUCGUGCGCCCGCCCGUCAGAGUCAUAGUUCAAGACUCGGCUAUAAUCAGAGGUGUGACCUUCGACUGGGUGUCUGGACGUCUCUACUAUACGGCCGUUACUAAAGGUGGAGACGGCGAAGGGUAUUCGAGAGGCAGCUACGGUGCUGUCUACGUGUGCGCUCCGGACGGCCGGCGACGGGUGACCCUCAUGCGGCGCAAGAACGCAGAACCUGACGAUAUCCUCAUACAUAACGCCACCAGGCAAAUAUUCUGGUCGGACCGCGGCGCCAGCCCGGGCGUCAUGGCGGCCGGGCUCGACGGCGCCGCGCCGCGCCGGCUCGUCGGGCGCCGCGUGCGCCGCGUCACGGCCCUGGCGCUGUCCUCCGACAGACUGUACUUCGUGGACGCGUACUACGACACGCUGGAGAGCGUGAAGUUCGACGGCAGCGCUAGGGUUGUGCUGGCGACGUUCGCUAAGCGGCCCGCUGGCGCGCCCGCACUGCAUCUCCCUAGCGAUAUAGGCAAGUCAACAUACCAGCCGUUCGCAGUGGGCACCGCGUCCUGCUCGCGGCUGGCGGCCUGGGAGGACUGGCUGUGGUGCGGCGGGCGCCGCGGCCUGGCGCGCCUGCCGCGCCGCCCCGCCGCCCCCGCCGCGCCCGCCGCGCCCCGCGCCGCGCUGCCCCUCUCCGCGCUGGCCGUCGUGCACCCGCAACUGUGCAGGGCUGCUGCGGAUCCGUGCUUGCUGCCAAACGGUACCGGGGCGUGCCAUUCUAGCGCGCUGUGUGUACGAAGUGCAACCGCUGACUUCGCCUGUCUGUGCCCCGACGGACUUACCGCCAUUAACACCACUUCUGACCCGAAAGACCGCGAAUGCAUUAUAACCCCCGCCGCGACCUCCGCCGAAGACUCCUGCCCUCUUGACUGCGGGCCCGGCUCCUGCGUUGUUUCCCCAUCGGGGGCCCCUUACUGCCAAUGCGGGCCCCUGUACAGCGGGACAAGAUGCCAGCACUACAGGUGUGGGGCACAUUGCAAUAGGAGGGGGAAGUGUGUGGUGGAGAAGGACGGAAGCACGCUGAAGUGCCAAUGCUUCUCCGGUUACACAGGCGACCGUUGUGAAACCGAAGUGAUGGCCGCAGUGUCGCCCUGCGCGACGUGGCAAUGCGACAACGGCGGGACAUGUCGCGAGACGAGAGGGAUAGCACGAUGCGUCUGUGCUUCUGGCUAUACAGGUAAUAGGUCCGAAACCGAAGUGAUGCCCGCAGUGUCGCCGUGCGCGACGUGGCAAUGCGACAACGGCGGGACAUGUCGCGAGACGAGAGGGAUAGCACGAUGCGUCUGUGCUUCUGGCUAUACAGGGACCCACUGCGAGCGCUGCGACGGCGACAUGAACGGGGUCUGCGCCCCCGGCAGCGUCUGCGAGCUGACUCCGGCCGGCCCUAAGUGCAGCCCCUAUUUGUGCCAGGGGCUCUGCCAGAAUCAGGGCACCUGCGUAGUAUCGUCCUCCGGGCGCGUCUCCUGCGUGUGCGCUUCCGAGUGGUCCGGCGCGCGCUGCGAGCGGCGCGCGUGCGUGGACGCGGCGUGCGCCACGCACGGCGCGCACGGCGCGCACGGCGCGCACGACACGCACGACACGCACGACACGCACGACACGCACGUCGCGCACGGCGCCAACGACGUGCAGGACAGGCUCAAGUUCGGCGACGACGAUCACGACUACAAGCCGCACGGAAAACACCCGAACUCCCCAUUCUGCAGUCACGGCGACUGCGAGAAUGGCGGCCGCUGCAUAGCCACGUCGGCGGGCAUGCGCUGCGAGUGCAAAGGGACCUACGGCGGGCCAUUCUGUGGGCACUAUGUGGGCCAUGGGCAUGCGUGUACUACUGCAAACUGCAGGCCACCGUCGCUCUGCGUGUGGACUCCUGUCGACGACCCAAUGCUGCCGGGGCAGGCGUUCUGCGCCUGCAUAGAGGGCGCCAGCUGCAGCCCGCCGCCGGAGCGCGUGGCGGAGGCCGCGCCCGGCGCGCGCGCCGCGUGGGCCGGCGCCGGCGCCGCGCUGCUGCUGCUGCUGCUCGCCCUGGGCGCCGCCGCCUACGUGCUGCACAGGAGGAGGCACGGUGCGUUCGUGCACGCCCGCCUAGCUGACAACGUGGAGAUCAGCAAUCCGAUGUAUUUGGCGGACGAUGAACCCCCUAGAAGAGAUUUACUACCGCCACCGAGAGAGAACGGCGGCAACCACUUCGCCAACCCCGUGUACGAGAGUAUGUACGCGCCGAGCGUGCCCCAACCUGAAGAGCAAAACUUGCUGGCAGAUGCAUCUGACAGCUCGCCCGCUGAACGGGCCGCGCUUUUAUAAGCUAGGGGACAGACUGCCAGACAAAUAUGUCUGGAGAAAAAGACCGAUUUUGAAAAAUGUAGGCUCGAAUGUAAGAUUCCUUAUAAAAUCAAUUUUUUUUAUUGACAAAUCUCUUAUAUGAGAAACUUGUAGAUCAGAAUUUAUGUAUAUGUUUAGCUUACAGUCUACCCAUGUUAUUUUAUUCCUAGGCCACUGUACAACCUCGUCGCUAUAAGUACACACAUACAUCAGUCAAUAAGCAUUCUGUCGUAGAAGAUAAACAAAUGUAUUCAUACAAAUAAUAGAAUAGAAUAUCAUUUAUUUAAAUAUAAGUACACAGUUUAUAUAAUACUUACAGAGAAGGAAAAAAAUAAAAAUAAGACUUGUAUACUGUAACUCCACUGAACAAGGAACAUUCAGCAUAACGCCAGGUCCUACUGGAGUAGUAUCUGACGCUGGUCUUCCUCGAACACCUGUAGGGUACCAGCUACAGUAGAGUUACUAUAAUAAUUAUAGCAGUUGACAUCAAAUUAUAAUACGACUAGCAUGGUCUAUAUAUCGAGUUAUUGCGGAAAGCUUCUUUUUGCUAAGAGGUGGUGGUAGAAUGUUCCAGCAUUGUGUUGCGGUGUACUUAAAACUGCCACGAUAUGCUGCAGUUUUUGGGAUAUAUGAGAAGAGUAGAUAAUCUUUGGCGCUGCAAAAACUGGAGGUCACAAUCCCGAACAGUAGGCAAGCAAAGUGGAGAGAGCGCCUAGAUUCCAUGUUCAUGGUUAGAUAGUGGCCUAGGAAUGAAAUUGAUUGACUGUACCUCAACCAGAAGAGUGGAAGUUACGAGAUAAUUAAAAAAGUAUUCAAUGUUCCACCUUACCCCAUACCUAGCGUCCGCAGAACGGGACGCGCUCUUGUGAGCGAGCUAGUGAAUAUAUUCUAUACUCAAUACUUCACCUUUUCCAACAUUUUCGACACAAACCAAAGUGAGGUGGGUGUAAUAUGACCAAAUAGACAAUUUAGGUAAAAGAAUGUAGCAUUUUCACCCAGUAAAGUAUGCACACAUACACUUAUAAGCAAUCUGACACGGAUAUGCAUAAACAAUAAGGUAACAGUAGUGGUACCAGGGUUUCACUUAGAUUCUCACUGUCGAAAACUACAUUGUCCAAAUUAAAUUAGUUCCUUGAAUAAUUUUUAAUUGUUUAGUAUGUAGUGAUCGAAUUUUUUUGUGAAACUUAAAGGUAUCUGGGGGCCUACCGCGAAAACCGAAAUUCGCAAAUUGCGGGGAUCUUUCUCUUUUACUCUCUCUGAGACGUAAUUAGAGUGACAGAGAAAAAUCCCCGCAAUUGACGAACUUCGAUUUUCGCGGUUAUAGCCCUGGUAUUUUAUAAUAAUUGACCACUAUAACAUUCAUAUAUAUUUUGUUUAUUUUGGAGUAACGCACAUUUUGUGUGAAAACUAUGUCUUUAUCGCAUAAUCGGAAAGAAAAUCAAUUUUGUAGUGUCAAGGUAUUAAAUAUCGAUACGGACAAAGUGACAAAAAUAUGUACACACUACCUUAAUAUGUAGGCAAUAAGAUCGUGUAUACAUGUUUUUGGCACUUUGUUCGUAUCGAUAUUUAAUACCUUGACUGUAUGUAUAAUUAUGAAAAUCCUGGUUAGUGAGGUAUUUAAGUUGAUGCAUAGACAAAGAAAUAAUGAGACGCUUAACAUAGUGCAAAUAUCAGUGCCAUACGUUUUUGUGGUAACUAGGUUGUCAAACGUUAGCAAUUGUGACGUUCUACGGGUAAAGGUACCUUAUGUCGCGUGGCGCCGCAUUAGUAUUGUAGCGUCGUCAAUAAUAGUGUAACCGGCAACCGGCAUAAGGUACCUUUACCCUGCCUAUGAAGCUGAUGGUCCCGGGUUCUAAUCCCGGUAAGGCCAUUUAUUUGUGUGAUGAACACAGAUAUUUGUUCCUGCAUCAUGGCUGUUUUCUAUGUAUAUGAGUAUGUAUUUAUCUAUAUAUAUACACAGACGUAUCGUCGCCUAGUACCCAUAGUACAAGCUUUGCUUAGUUUGGGGCUAGGUCGAUCUGUGUACGAUUGUCCCCAAAUAUUUAUUUAUUUAAUGUGCUAGGCCGUAAAGCACCAUAAACUUUAAGAUGUGAAAACUGCAGUUAAAAUAUUUUGUUUGCGAGUCUUAGUAUUUCUCUGUCUAUGGUUGAUGGAUGUGAUGUAAUUUUAGUUGUACAUAUCCUCUUGCCUCUUUUUUUAGUACAAUUGUAGUUAUUAAGAUGACUUAGCCCUUAGCCUUAAGACGACAUUGGAGGAUAUUUUUCAUACAAACUUAGUCCUCAUUUUCCACUCUGGAUAUUAACAUUAUUGAAAUUUUUUUGAAACAGUUUGUUGCAUAUCAACCAUAUAGCCAUAUAGCUAUGCACCACGUUUGUUUUUUUUCGAAUUUCCAACCUUUAUAAGAGUAAGGAGUGUUUCAAAAUUUGUUUGAAAUCUGUUUUACUCUCCUAUUUUUUACAAUAAUCUAAAAAUCGGAAAAAGUUAUACGUAGGGGCAUAGCUAUGGUUAAUAUACAUCAAAUUAUGCAAAAAUAUUUUCCAUAAUUUCAAUGCCUAGAGAGGAAAAUGGGGACUACGUUUGUAUGGAGAAGCGGCCGUCCCGUUUCCUCUUAACACUAUACAAUAUAACAGCGUUGGGCAGGCAUAAUGUUAACAAUUUAUUUUAUUAAUAUUAUAAAGCAAUAUCUAGUUAAUUUUGAUUUAUAAUAAUGGAAACCGGUUUAACAGUUAAGCAAAAUCCGGUUAUCAUAAUAAAUAACCGGUUUUAAUCCUAAGAUAUAUUUUUAGUAAAAACAAAUCUCAUUAUAUUACUUUGUAGGUACUGAAUAUACUCUGGCAUCUAAUUUCGCUCAGGCAACUAACGCGUUUAAUUUCGUCACUAGGGGCGCUAGUGUAGAUGGAUAUCUUUCAAAAUGUCUAAUGCAUAGUAUUUUUGGGAGUUUCAGGCAAUUGUGGUAAAUCUUUUUUCCGUUUUUGAUUAUUCAUGGUAAACAUAACAUUCAAUAAAUGAUAGUGGUUUUAAAAACGGCAAAUUUAGAUGUUAAAAUAUUUUGUGUAUAUUAGAACGUAUUUUUUUUUUAAUAAGGAUAUCAGAAUUUUGUGAGCUUUGUUUCUGGACCACCAUCUACAGUGGCGCCAUCUGGUGAGCACAAAAAUGGAAGCCCUCAUUUUAAGUAACAUGUGUUAAAUUUAUUUGAAUCUUAUCACUAAGGUUAGUUUGAUGUUCAUAUUGAUUGAUAAUACUCAAGAUAUUGUAAUUGACAAUGAAUUGGUACCAUUUUUGUUUACUUUUGAUAUUAUUUUAUAAAGGAUCUCUUCAUAAAGAAAAAUAAUACAUGAAUCUUAUGAAUAUUAUAAAUUAAUUUGUUUUUUAUACUUUUGUAUAUUUAACGUCAUUUUUCAUUUUUUUUAUCGGACGGGAAAGAUCACGUGUAUGGCUACUUUACAUGCAAUCAAUAAGGUAGGUAUUUACUAUUUUCACUUUUACAGAAAUUAUAUGAUUAUUUUCUUCUAUUCUCUUAAGACAUUUGCAUAUAUUAAAAUUACAAGGAGUUUUUAAAAAUCGAACAAGUAUAUUUUUAAGUAUGUAAUAUUAACGUUAAGUACAUCGUGCCAUAUCAAAUGAAUAUCACGUUCGUUAUACACUUAUGCUUUAUAUACACACAUAUUUUUGACUAAUUUUUUUAAUAUUCUGUAUUUUUAGAGGCCAGUACAAUUUUAAAAUGCAAUAUUGUUAUUAUUAAGUUAAUGUACUCAUAGACUUAUAGAAAUUUCCAGAUUUUCAAAUUUAAGUACGACCAGCUGUUUUGCUAGCCUAUCCUGAUGACAAAAUGUACUAAGCUGUCAUUUUAUAUUUACUUGAGACUUCAUUUUAUUAUUACCUGAAUUUUUACUUAGUUUAUUUAGCAUUAGAAAAAGGGUAAACAAUCUAGACUCCUUUAUGAAGGUAGUGAAAGGGUUAGGCGAUUAUUUGUGAUAAGUAGCAGCUCACAGGUCUUCACGUAAUGCGGCGCGCAACUGAGCUUAUUGUAUGUAUGUUAGUUGUAUGUCAGAGUAGAUAUGACUACAGAGACUUGUAAUUAAACGAGUCCCACUGCUACGAGAUGUGUAACCUUACAGUCGCCAUGAGAUAUAUCGGAGCGGCCGAGGUGCUCAUAAAUAUCUGAGCGCGCACUCUAGCGCCUUCACAAUAGAGGCGUGUUCAGAUAUAUGUGAGCACCUUGGCCGCUCCGAUAUAACUGAUGGCGACUGUACACGUGUACAGUCAUCAUCAAAUUAAUAAUUUCGGCCAAAGUGGCUAAAUACGUCGUAACGGACCUUUGUUACUUUAGACAAUAUCUGGGAGACCGAGCUUUGCUCAGAAAACAUAUAAAAACUCAAAAAUGAGCGUUUUCCCACAGAUAAGACCUAGCUAGAUCGAUUUUUAUAAGUAUAGCAAGUUUCAUCGAAAUCGUUAGAGCCGUUUCCGAUAUCCCCGAAAUGUAUACAAGAAUUGCUCGUUUAAAGGUGUAAGAUAUGGAUGUUCCGAUAUAUUAGACCACUUUGGCCGUCACUGUCUAUUUGAUGCUAUGACUGUAAAUCAUUUAUUGGGAAAUCUGUCAGGUUAACUUCAUUAUUUGUUCUAAUAAGAAAACGUAUAUUAGCUAAAGUGUCCAUUUUUAAUAGGGCCUAAUUUUGUAAUUCAACUUUUUUGACAAAACAUCUAUUAUUUAUAUUUUAUGAGUAACACAAUAUUUAUUUUAUAUUAGUGACAUAUAUUUUUCGCUCAAAUAUGUUUUUGGUGUUACAAUGUUUAAAUAUUUGUGGCUUUCCACAGAAAAGGGUCCUUAUGCACGUGAAGCAUAAGGGCCCUUUUUUCAGUAGUUGGUGUGACUGAGCCCCAUUAGGUUAGUUAUAAUAAAUACUUUAAUUCGACUCGACUUGGCCAAAACUUAUAUAAAUAAAUAAGUUAUCGUAAGCACUUAUUAUAGGUUUAUGGAAGAAAUAAAAGAUAAUUGACAAUGAAA